UAAAGUAAAACAAGUUGGCAGUUAUAAGAGUUAAAAAAUAUAAACAAUUUUAACUGCCUCACGUGUUGCUCUUUUAAAACAAAAUAAGAGUGUUUAAGCAGUAUAUAUUGCUUAAUUAGAAAUAUAUAAAUUAUUUGAUCUAAUAAAGUAAACGAGAUGUCGGAUUCAGCUCAAGAUGUCAAACCAAAUAUAUUAAUAACCGGAACUCCGGGAGCCGGAAAAUCGUAUUUAUGCGAACGUCUAGCCUCCCAAUUAAAAUUUGAGUGGCUGGACUGCUCCAAAAUAGCCAAGGAAAAUAAUUUUGUGGAGGAAUACGAUGAGGAGUACGACUGCCCCAUUUUGGACGAAGAAAAACUAAUGGACCACUUGGAGCCCAUAAUGGCAAAGGGCGGCAACAUUGUCGAAUACCAUGGCUGUGAUUUCUUCCCAGAACGCUGGUUUCAAGCGGUCUUUGUAGUAACAUGCCCUAAUACAACCCUCUACGAUCGUCUAAAAGAUCGCAACUACAACGAAAAGAAGCUUUCUUCGAAUAUUCAAUGUGAAAUAUUUGGAACUAUUUUAGAGGAAGCCAGAGAUUCCUAUAAAUCAGAUAUAGUCUUCGAACUUAAGGGAGAAACAAAAGCUGAUGCGCAUACGAGUUUGAAAACUGUUAAAAACUGGUAUGGUAUGUGGAAAAGAAAAUAAAAAUCGGAUUAGUUAGUUCUUUAUAAUCUAAUGUAUAAAAACUUCAUCAUUUGUAUGUAAAGUUACUAUUAUUUACAACAAACAGCUUGUAUAAAAUCGAAAUCUUAAAUCUA